AUGUCUGGUGAAGCUUGGCUGUACCUGUUGGCGGUACUGAUAAACGCCGUCAAUCUGUUCCUGCAGGUUUUCUUCACAAUCAUGUACAGCGAUCUCGAAUGGUACGUGCAGCUCUUUCGAUCUCUACCGCAGCUCCAGAACCGGCUGCCAGACGCCCAAUCGACCUUGGGGCGCAAUAAGGACAGCAGCUGUGCCAAAUUGACGGGCAACAAAGAAGAAGCGGCCUCAAGCAGAGCAUUGGCUAAUAGCUUUUACAGUGACUACAUCAACCCCAUCGACCUCUGCAAUCGCCUGAACAGCUACAUCGUUCCCGAAGCAGCUGUCCACGGUGCCCUGACCUUCCUCUUCCUCGUCAGCGGGUAUUGGGUUGCCCUCCUGCUCAACCUGCCGCUCGUAAUAUUCAAUGUCAAGAAAAUAGUUGACAACGCACAUUUGCUGGAUGCUACUGAGAUCUUUAGAAAACUCAACGUUCACAAGAAGGAAUCCUUUAUAAAGCUAGGCUUCCACCUCAUCAUGUUCUUCUUCUACCUCUACUCGAUGAUCGUGGCCCUGAUCCGCGACGAAUCGCAGUGA